AGGUAAACAAAGCGGUACGAUAAGCGCUGAGCACAGCGUGAAUCUUUUGCGAAAAGAGGAGGUUUCAGUCUACUUUUUCUCGCAGAUAACAAACGCCAUCGCAAGCACCCAUAAACCAAAACUAACAGGGUCAGCAAGUCGUUAGCCUAGAACUUGCGUUAGAUACGUGUGAUAAGGCCUAACGGCUGCCUCACACACCGUAUAUAAAGCCAAGUGCGAGUCGAGAAAUUCAUACCAAAAAUUGCUUCAGUUAACAAAUCAACUUUUUCUUUGGAGGAUUAACCAAUUCUAAGUUCAAACAAAAAAUGUUUCCAAUCUUAUUGCUCAUUCUGGCAAUUGGUCAGAUAUCCUGCGGAUCACGUAUCAUUGGUGGCCAGUACGCACAGUCAGGACAAUUUCCAUAUCAAAUAUCGUUGCAGCUAAAUCAACGCCACCAUUGUGGUGGUUCAUUGAUUUCGGAUAUGGUUGUGAUAACAGCAGCACAUUGUGUCAUGGGCCAAAGCCCCACAAAAAUGCGAGUUGUUGCAGGUACUGCAGAUCUGUUGGCAGGCGAUGGCAAGGCUUUUGAGAUUGCAGACAUAGUGCGACAUUCACAAUACAAUCCCGAAACACAAGACUAUGACAUUGCGCUGAUCAAACUGAAAUCAGCCGUGCCAUUAGGUGGCAACAUACAAACCAUUGAACUGGCGAGCAGUGAGUCAAAUUAUCCUGCCGAUACUUUAGCCACAAUAAGUGGCUUUGGCGCCGUCAAUAUGCAAUUGCAAUUGCCAAAUAAGCUGAAGUUUGCGCAGGUGCAAUUGUGGAGUCGCGAUUUCUGUAAUCCAAAAAACAUUCCUGGCAUUACGAAUCGUAUGGUUUGUGCUGGACAUCCAAGCGGUCAAGUUAGUGCUUGUCAAGGUGACUCAGGUGGCCCAUUGACUGUUGAUGGAAAACUUUUCGGGCUGGUGUCUUGGGGUUUUGGUUGUGGUGCCAAAAUGCCAGCAAUUUACACUUAUGUCGGUGCUUUGCGCUCUUGGAUAACAGAAAACUCAGGUGUUUAACGUAAAGUGAAAAUGGAA